AUGGCACGAACCCUCUCAAACUCCGGGGAAGCCGCUGCCCUCCGCGGCCAAAGCCCUUCUCCAUCCUCACGAUCCGCCUCUACCUCCCUUCAAGCAGCGGCAGCUGUCAAUGCUGGACUACAACAGGAAGACUCAAGACGCUCUUCUGGCAGCUCCACCACAAGAAAUAGACAAGCAUCCCAUGCCGGCAGAAGACGCUCCACUGUUCUGAUGAACCUGCAACUUAACGACCCCUCACUACCCUCGCCCGGCGAGAUGAUCCACGAUCCUCAGCACCGAACAUCCAGUCCACAAUCUUUCGCAGACUCGCCUGUCAUGCGCACCAGCGACCCUUAUCACUUCCGUGCGCCGAGUCUUGGAGAGAUACACCAGGAGUUAGAGCAGGAGCAAGAAGCUCAAGUGAACCGCCUGCUACAGAUGAUUCGUUCGCAGCAGCAACAACUCAAUCAGCUUCAGGCCGAGAGAGGACAAACUCACACCACACCGCCGGCCAUCGACGAUUCUACACCGACUUCAGAACACUCAAUGUCCUUCUCCAACCCGAAUGUGCCACUUUCAAAUAUGUCCACGCCCCGUUCGCCAACCGCUUCCCUUCACCCGCGAAGCUCAUUCGACCUUGCUCGCGCCGACCUUCAGCACAGACGAUCGAGAACACCUAGUCGUACCGCAUCUCCAAGACUAAGAUCAACCUCGAUUAGUGGGGAGGGCGGGGAGAAUUGGAACCUGGCUGGACGUGACGAGAGCGCUUUCUAUCAAGCCGAGACGCAGAUGAUGGUGAGAGAGAAUCAGAUGUUACGACAGAGAAUCCGAGAGCUGGAGCGCCAAAUAAAUGAAACGCACCAGUAUUCGUCGAUCACUCACGAGCCAGCCGUCCCAUCGCAGUUACUGCGUUCCGAGUCUAUCUCGGAAGCCUCUGCGCCUCCGCCUCCCGCAAAUGCAACGGCAACGGCAACCAGAUCGGUGGCAGCACUACGAACUGAAAGCAAAGAUUGA